UAGAUUAUAUUAUUGAGAGUGUGAUAAUGGUGUAACCAUGGUGUGUUAAUUACAAUGGAGAAGCCUCCUAUUUAUAGGAGAAAGGUUAAGCUUCAUAGGAUUAGAGGAUAAUUGUGAACCACACAAUUAUCAUCUAGAAUCAUAAUUAUGAUUUCCUGAUUAUUUAUAUAAUGGUGAUAAUAAUUCCUAAUCAGGAAUAGUUGGAAGAUGACUAAUUCAAUAAUAUUUCAACACUCCCCCUUGAAUGGUCAUCUUCUAAUUAUUCUGGGGUAUUAGUUUCAUAGUAUUAUAAUGUACUGUCUCGUUAAAAACCUUGUCAGGAAAAAACCUAGUGGGAAAAAAAAAAUCCUGACGAAGGGAAAAAGAGUGCAGUGCAUUAUAUUACUCCCCCUCAAUUUAACAUAUAUCUGGAAGACGAUACAUUCCAAUUUUAUGGACCAGUUCUUCAAAUUUCUUCGGUGCCAAUGACUUUGUGAACAAAUCAGCAGGGUUGUCGCAUGACUUGAUUUGUUUGACAUCAACCGUUCCGUUAUUCUCAAGAUCAUGUGUGGAGAAAAGUUUUGGUGCUAUAUGCUUUGUUCUGUCCCCUUUGAUGUAACCUCCUUUGAUCUGAGCUAUACAUGCUGUAUUAUCUUCAUAAAUCACAGUAGGAUUAGAAGUAAAAGAUUUUAUACCGCAUUCAUUUUGUAUGUGCUGGAUCAUUGAUCUCAACCAGACACACUCACGACCUGCUUCAUAAAGAGCAAUUAAUUCUGCAUGAUUUGAUGAUGUUGCAGUUAAUGUUUGCUUCAUUGAUCUCCAUGAUAUAGCGGUAUCACCAUAGGUGAAUAAAUAUCCUGUUUGUGAUUUUGCCUUUUGUGGAUCAGACAAGUAUCCUGCAUCCGCGUAGCCAAUUAAAGUGGCAUUUGCACCAUUCUUGAAAUACAAUCCAAGAUCGAUUGUACCAUUGAGAUAUCGGAAUAUAUGUUUGACACCAUUCCAAUGCCUUCUUGUUGGGGAAGAACUGUACCUGGCUAAUAAAUUUACAGAAAAAGCAAUAUCUGGUCGAGUAUUAUUAGCCAAAUACAUUAAUGCUCCAAUAGCACUCAAAUAUGGUAUUUCGGGACCAAGGAUUUCUUCAUCAUCUUCACAAGGUCGGAAAGGAUCAUCAUGCACAUUGAGAGAUCGAACCACCAUUGGAGAAUUGAGCGGAUGUGCUUUAUCCAUGUAAAACCGCUUCAAAAGUUUCUCGGUAUAAUUUGAUUGGUGGAUGAAAAUACCAUUUCUCAAAUGUUCAAUUUGAAUGCCGAGACAAAAUUUUGUUCUCCCAAGGUCUUUCAUUUCAAAUUCUUUCAUGAGAUAUUUUGCAGUAUUUUCAAUUUCAUUAGGAGUUCCGAUUAUAUUCAAAUCAUCAACAUAUACUGCAAUUAUGGCGAAUCCUGAUUCGGAUCGUUGAAUGAAAACACAUGGACUAAUAGGAUCAUUUUUAUACCCUUCUUUAAUCAAAUAUUCACUGAGACGGUUAUACCACAUGCGUCCAGAUUGUUUUAAUCCAUAUAAUGACUUUUGCAAUUUUAUGGAAAAUAAAUCUCGAGAUUUCGAGCUAUAAGCAUCAGGUAUUUUAAAGCCUCCAGGAAUUCUCAUAUAUAUGUCUGUAUCGAGUGAACCGUAUAAAUAUGCGGUCACCACAUCCAUUAGGCGCAUUUGCAACCUUUCAAAAACAGACAUGCCAAUUAAAAAUCUUAAAGUUGUAGCAUCAACUACUGGAGAAUACGUCUCAUCAUAAUCGAUUCCUGGCAUUUGAGAAAAACCUUGGGCAACAAGUCGGGCUUUGUAUCUAACGAUUUCAUUUUUCUCGUUGCGUUUACGCACAAAAACCCAUUUAAAACCGACAGGUUUUACGCCUUUUGGCGUAUGGACAAUUGGUCCAAAAACAUUACGCUUUUCUAGCGAUUUUAAUUCUACCUGAAUUGCUUCAUUCCAUUUUGGCCAAUCAUUUCUACGACGACAUUCGUCAAUAGAUUUAGGCUCAUUGUCAUCGUGUUCAUUCAUUAUAUCUGUGGCGAUGGCAUAUGAAAAUAUGUCAUUAACAUCAAUAUCAUUUCUAUUCCAUUGUAUUCCAUUAGAAACGUAAUUAAUUGAAAUUUCAAAAUUAUCAACGUUUCUAUCUUUAUCUGGAAUAUUUACCUCUUCGAAGGUGAUUGGAUCCUCUUUUGAGGUAUCAUUAUUAUUGAUGUUAUCUUCAAGGCCGAUAUUUUCAAAAUGUUCAUUUUCUUCUUGAGAAGGUUGAACUUCUUUGGCAUCAUAAACUACAACUUGCUGUUUAAAUUUUCUUGUUUCAAAUCUCUUGAACCAAGUGGUCUACCAUAGAUUCAUUAGCAAGUGUUCUUUCGCUAAUCUCCGCAGGAAUUUCUAUUCGAGAAGGAGCAUUCAUAGCUGGAACAUGUGACUUUGUCACUUUCUUUGAGUCUGUGAAAGCAUCAGGCAAUUGGUUUGCAACAUUUUGUAAAUGAAUAAUCUUUUGAAUUUCUUGUUCACAAGCAUUUGUGCGAGAAUCAAGAAAAGAUAAAUUUGUUGCAUUCCAAGUAAUAUCUUUCGUACGUGGGUCCAUUUCUUUAAUAUCUCCCCCUAAGGCUGGGAAUACUGUCUCAUCAAAAUGACAGUCAUCGAACCGCGCGGUGAAUAAGUCACCGGUCAUAGGUUCUAGAUAAUUAAUAAUUGAGGGUGAUUUAAAACCAACAUAAAUUCCCAGCCUUCUUUGAGGACCCAUUUUAAUACGAUAAGGUGGAGCAAUUGGUACAUACACAGAACAACCAAAUAUUUUUAGAUGUGAUAUAUUUGGUUCUUUACCAGAUAUUAAUUGUAAUGGGGAAAAUUUAUGAUAUGCCGUUGGCCUAAGCCGAAUUAAAUUUGCAGCAUGCAUUAUAGCAUAUUCCCAUGCAGAUGAUGGUAAUCUGAAUUUCAUCAAUAAUGGUCUAGCAAUUAAUUGCAAUCGCUUAAUUAAGGAUUCGGCAAGACCAUUUUGUGUAUGUACAUGUGGAACUGGAUGUUCCACAUCAAUCCCAAUUGACAUGCAAUAGUCAUUAAAAGAUUGGGAUGUAAAUUCUCCUGCAUUAUCAAGUCGGAUUUUCUUUAUCGAAUAAUCCGGAAAUUGUGAUCUCAAACGAAUAAUUUGAGCAAGGAGAUUUGCAAAUGCAAAAUUUCUAGUCGAUAAAAGACUGACAUGUGACCAACGUGUUGAUGCAUCAAUGAGCACCAUAAAAUAUCGAAACGGUCCACACGGAGGGGUAAUUGGCCCACAAAUAUCUCCUUGAAUUCUUUCUAAAAAUGCAGGAGAUUCAACUCCAAUUUUGUAUAAAGAUGGCCUGAUAAUUAAUUUGCCAAGAGAACAGGCAGUGCACGGAAAAUCACUUGAUUGUGGAGUCUUGACAUUAUUUAAUGAAUGUCCACGUGAAUUUUCAAUAAUUUUGUGCAUCAUAGUGCUGCCUGGAUGACCUAAACGGUCAUGCCACAAGAUGAAGGAAUUGUGGUCAUAAAUUUUAGAUACCACAUUUAUCUCAAUUGGACUGAUAUAUGUAUAAUACAGUCCCGAGGAAUAUGUUGGCAUUUUUUCAGAAAUGUAUUUAUUGCCAGAUCUAUUUGUCGUUAGACAUAAAUAUUCCUUCUGAUUUUCAGACAUGGUUUCAAUAUGAAAACCAUUUAGACGCAUAUCUUUAAAACUCAAAAGAUUUCUCCGUGAUUUACUGGAGUAUAAAGCGUCUUUAAUUAUUAAUUUUGUCCCUUUUGGGAGAAUCACACAGGCUAUUCCAGAACCUUCAAUGAGUUUAGCAACACCUGAGAUUGUAUUGACAUUAGCAUCAACUAAUGUCAUAUGAGAAAAAUAAUCUCUAUGUCUCAAAAUGGUGUGCGUUGUGGCACUGUCUAUUAAACAUUGUUCAAAGCCACUUGGAGAAAUUUCAGUUAACUCCAUAUCUUCGCGAAGAUAAAAUGAACAAAUAUUAGUUCAAUAUUGUAAUAUAAAUUGUACUUCACUUAAUAGUACAUUUAAUUGUGCAUAACUUUCACGUUAAAAAUAAGCACUACUUUAAAUUUCUAUUUUGAAAUAUACUCCAUACUAGAUAACAAGGAGAAAAUAAAGUGAGUUACUCUAUUCGGACUUUCAAUAAGAGAAAUGAUUUAGGUCACAUAUUUACUUCUUAUUAAUUUCGACCUCAUCAUUUGAGAUUAAAAACGAUCAUGAGUGCCGUUAUGAGGGGUUAUUCCCGGCAAUUGACAGAAAUGUACAUAAUGACCGUUUGGUUCAAGUUACUGUCAUACCAAUUAUUAAGGGGCCCUCUUAACAAUUGGUGACGUGUAACUUAAUAAUAAUCAAAAGUUAUUAUUUCGAAAGAAAUAAUAUACUAUAGUAAACGUAUGUCUUUGAUGGAUAAAUUGUUGUCUUUUAACAAUAUACAACACAGCAGUCCAUUUUUCAAAUAAUUUUAGUUCAUCGGUUUUAAGUAAUAUUUUAGUCAAAGUGAUUGUGUUGAAAAAACAUUUCACACACAUGAGGUAGCAAAAAGAAAACAAUAAUGAACUUCCUCCAAAGUCCAAAUCAAGAGGUAUACGUAUAAUUUAUUGUUAUCACUUUUAUUUAUUAAUUAUUUCAUAUGCGUAGAUGUAGUAAUCUAUACUCAGUAUUAAAUCCAUUUCAUUUUUAUUUAUUUAUACACCGAGUCUUUAAAUUGAAAUGGUGUUGGGAAAAGCCAAAAUAGUGAAGUCAACAUUAAUAUAAAAAAAAACUUCACGUGUAUAUGUCGGCAUGAGAGACCAUAGUCAGGAGUCAGGACAGUCAUGAGUCAUCUCAUUUAAUGUUAGGGAGUAGCUUAUUAUGUUCUCUCAAUGUAUAUAUGUAAUGAAUUUAAAAAAAAACAUUAAACCAAUCCUUGAGAUGGAUAACUGAAUAGCUCAAUAGAUCUCCAUAAGAUGUAUGUAUAUUAUGUACCGAGUAUAUAUGAAGGCACUAUGAUAAUUACUUCAUUAAAUUAAAUUGCCGUGUCGACCCGUGAGUUAUACGGAGUAUAUCAAUAUAUGUGGUACUGGUGCUAGUAAAAAUAAACAACCCAUGACUCCAGAAAAUUGUCAGUGCUUUAUGAGUGUCUAGCCAUUUAGAUAAGACCGUUUAUUUGUCCAGUUUGUUUAUCUCACCCCUAAGUAGCAAAUACAUGCAAUUUACAUGGAUAUUUGUUGUGUCAACCCAACUCAUAAUAUCAUGACGUACAAAAAGAUGUGGUAGUGUUAGUACACCCAUGUGAAAUACGGAGUAGUUGGUUUUAUAGAGAGAUACUACGAUGUACUCCGUAUUUAUUAUAUCAAUUAUGUAAGUGUCUUCUCAAAGGAAGAAGACAAGUAAAAAUAAAUGCUCUUAUCUACUUGUAUGGUCCGUGACUUACCAGCUAGUUUUAUUUAUACAUCAAUUCAAUGAAUUAGUUUGUAUGAUGAUGUUCGAAUAUAAAGCAAACAACGUACUAAUUUCCCCUCACCGUCUCUCCUUUUUUUUUACAGAGUACUUCAUAUCGAGUUCCCUUUUUUUUAUAGUCUAUGAAGAUAUAAAAAUAGAUUGUAUUUAUGCUACUAUCAAAUGUUGAAGAGAGGAAAAGAAAACUAAUACUAUAUCUACUACGUAGUAUAUUAGUUGAUGGAUUCAUGAGAUUGAUGAGCUUAUGCUCUUCUUAUAUUCAUACGGAUUUAGUUCAUAUCUAUUUAGUACAAUAUGUACGUUCAUAUUAUCAUAUAUACAUGAAAAUCUCUGAUAUAUGCUGUCAAACAUUCUUCCCAAGCAAAAGUUCAGAUUUCAGAGCAUAUUUUAUCUCAAGAACAUAUUAGUAUAAAGAUAGGUUGAUAAAUUCAUGAAAUAAUAUACCUGCUGGGAAGAUGAUGAUUUCAGGAUUUGGAGCAAAUUCGUGCUGAUAACGUGUUAUAAAAUGGAAGGAAAUAAGCAGAAGAUCAGGGAGAGAAAUAUAGUAUGAACACUUAGUGAUAGAUUAUAUUAUUGAGAGUGUGAUAAUGGUGUAACCAUGGUGUGUUAAUUACAAUGGAGAAGCCUCCUAUUUAUAGGAGAAAGGUUAAGCUUCAUAGGAUUAGAGGAUAAUUGUGAACCACACAAUUAUCAUCUAGAAUCAUAAUUAUGAUUUCCUGAUUAUUUAUAUAAUGGUGAUAAUAAUUCCUAAUCAGGAAUAGUUGGAAGAUGACUAAUUCAAUAAUAUUUCAACACUUUUAAACUUUUUGGACACCCCCUAAAUGUGAGAGCAAAAAGGUUUUGAAUUAAAUUUGAAAUCAAAAGCAAGAGUAAACUAAUACGGAGUAUCAUUUUUUUUGAGGAAACUAACUAUCAACUAAAACGGAGUGUCAUUUGCGCGCGAUAUUUUGGUAGCAAACUGGCACGGAUGGGGCGUGGUGAGUAUUUCUGCAUUUUGCACUCCUUUAUAAAGCAGCUCGCCAGUUAGUUUCGCACUUCAGCUGUCAGCGAGAGAUUUCAUUUCAAAUUCCGUUCAGAAUUUAUCUCUCUCUUCUCUUUCUUUGAAUACUCUAAUUGUUUCGUUCUAUCUCUGGAAAGUUCUCUGAAAAUGGUGGUCUCGCAGAAGGUGAAGGAAACUGAAAUAACAGAGCAGGACUCGCUGCUUCUCACAAGGAAUCUGCUGCGGAUUGCAAUAUUUAAUAUCAGCUACAUCCGUGGCCUUUUUCCUGAGAAGUAUUUCAGUGAUAAGUCUGUUCCAGCAUUGGAAAUGAAGAUUAAGAAGCUCAUGCCAAUGGAUGCUGAGUCACGUAGACUGCUUGACUGGAUGGAGAAAGGAGUUUACGAUGCAUUGCAGAAGAAAUACUUGAGAACACUAUUGUUCUCAGUAUGUGAAGCUAUAGAUGGGCCCAUGAUUGAGGAAUAUGCUUUCUCCUUCAGCUACUCAAGUUCUGAUAGCCAAGAAGUUAUGAUGAAUGUGAAUCGUUCUGGAACAAAGAAGCGCGGGACGUUUAAAUGUAACUCUGAUGCUGAGGUAACCGCCAACCAGAUGAGGAAUUCUGCUUGUAAGAUGGUUCGUACCCUGGUUCAACUGAUGAGAACGUUGGAUCAAAUGCCAGAAGAGAGAACUAUAUUGAUGAAGCUCCUUUACUAUGACGAUAUCACGCCGGCUGAUUACGAGCCCCCUUUCUUCAGAGGCUACAAAGAAGAGGAAGCUCUUAAUCCAUGGACUAAAAGUCCUCUCAAAAUGGACGUUGGAAAUGUGAACAGUAAACAUUUUGUACUUGCUCUCAAGGUGAAGAGUGUUCUUGACCCCUGUGAAGAUGAUAAUGAUGAUAAUCAUAGUGAUAAUGUGAGCUUAGCUGCUGACUCUGCCCAGAGAGAUGAUAGCGACAUUGAUAGUGAGUCCAGUCAAUCUGAUGAUGAUCAAUAUGUAGUUGCCCCUAGAGAGAAAGGAGAGAAGGAACAAAAUGCUCCUCUGCUUGAUGAAGGAUGUUCAGAUGAUACACAGGACCCAGCAGAGGAUGAGCACCAAAUUGGGCGGGUCAGGGAUUGGAUCAAUGCUCACCACCUUCCCAAAGUUGAACUGACUGAUGUUUUCUCCAGUUUUCCUGACAUUUCAGUGGCUUUGAUAGAAGAACUUAUGGCAAAGCUUGUCACGGAAGGCGUUGUGUCAAAGACUGAUACGGAUACUUUUACCAUUAACAAGCAGAAUAAAUCCGACUAUGAGUUCGAUGCCGUGAAAGAAGAAAUGGACUGUCAGUUUGGGCCAAAAGGCAACAAUGCAAAAAAGGGCAGUAAUCAAGAUUACAUGUAUAUGAAGGCUUUAUACCAUGCACUUCCCAUGAACUAUGUAUCUGUUUCAAAGCUUCAGAGUAAACUUGAAGGGCAAGCCAGUCAACCUACAGUUCGCAAAUUAAUAGAUAAGAUGACCCAAGAUGGCUUUAUUGAAGCUAAAAGCAAUCGCAAAUUAGGGAAGCGUGUGAUCCACUCAGAUCUGACUGAAAAGAAGCUUAGUGAAGUAAAGAAAGCUUUAGAAAAGGAUUUUAUGGAAGUGGAAAACCAUGAAUCAGUUAACAACCUUAAGGACUUGUCCACAUGCGGUGGGCUCCACUCAAUUGGGUCAGAUGUCACCAGAACAAAGGGGAAAUCUGAUGCAUACCAGAAUGAGUCCAUUAGGACCGAUCAAACCGUGUCUAAGAGGAAGGAUCUUGGUAGCACUCCCACAAGCAGGGUUGAGCCAGUGGCUUCUAGAGAGAGUUUUGUACCUGGACAUGAUGAAAACGGAAGAUCUAAUAACAAAGACUCCAUCAACAACUGUGACGAUUCUGACAAUAUUAUCUGCAGCCGGUCUAGCCAGGGCAAACGUUCUAGGAAAGCAAGCACGGUCAAAGAGCCAAUUCUUCAGUCUGUUAAGCGCCUGAAAUCUCAAGCGGCUUGAAGAGUCGUGGGGACCUUCACAACACUUCUCUCAAGAGUUUCUUUUCACUUGUACUGUUUAUAAAUAUAUAUACACUUAUAAUUAAUGGUGCUCAAUAUUUGCUCAGACAUUGGCAUGCAUGUAAAUUCCCAACAGAUAGGGACUGACAUGCACUGAACCUUCACAUAUGUUUCCAAUUACUCAGUCUGAACUUUUAUCAACUUAUUUAUAGAAUAUCGAAAAUGUGUACGUUU